UACACCACUGAGUGUAUGGGCAGCUUAACCGCCUCCCGCCCAGCAUUGACCAUCAGGGCACUGAUGAUCAGUGUGCCUUGAUGAUCAGUGUAGCACCAGCAGUGCCACCUGUCAGUGUCCAUCAAUGCCAGCUGUCAGUGCUCAUCAAUGGCACCUGCCAGUGCCCAUUAGUGCCACAUAUCAGUGCAACACAUCAGUGCCUACCUGUGCACAUCAAUGCCGCGUAUCAGUGCCUACCAGUGCACAUCAAUACCACACAUCAAUGCCUACCAGUGCACAUCAAUGCCGCAUAUCAGUGCCCAUCUGAGCUGCCUUUCCGUGUCACCUAUCAGUGCCAGUAAGUGCCACCUAUCAAUGCCAGUCAGUGCCACAUAUCAGUGCUGCCAGUCAGUGCCACCUAUCAGUGCC